CCUUCCACUCCAUUAAUAAAUACCAAGCAGAAACCACCAAACCAUGAACCGGAGGAAGUUUUGAAUUAUUCGGUUGGUAAGACUACAAGACUAAUGACUUCAGGGUCAGUAAUUCACUGUCAUUGUUACCAAGUGUUUGUCCUAGUGGACGAACUUUCUGUCAGUAUUUUAACUCUUAAUGACAUCAUUAAGUAUGAUGUACAGUCAAGGUAGGAACAGGCACCAGUAUGACAAGAAAUAUGACCGAGCUUUGGAACGCUAUUGUCUUCAUUAAUUACCCGAUACAAUCAAUAUGCGGCCGACCACUGGGUUUAUCCGCCCUAACUUCGUGAUGACACGAGGCCUAAUGAUGUAGAUUGCACGCGCCGAUACUUCUUCACCAAUACCAAAUAUUCGUGAGUCACUUCUUCCAGAUCUCCUCCUCCUGAUAAACUGGACUCAUUUUUUAAUUGGGGAGUCAAGUAUCUGGAGUACACAUUUAGAAAUUCGUUAAUGAUAGCGACAAACGCUCACCACUGGUAAAUUUAUUAUUAUUAUAUUUGAGGCUCUUUUUCAAAAUGGCGGCACUUACCAUGGAGUCUGUAAAGGUGGUUUUCUGGCUGAUUUUUUGGAGCAGCGUCCCCGCCGUGAUAGCACAGCAAUUCGUUUGUUAUACCACAUCGUCCUGUGAGGUGGAAGUAGACACCCAGAAUUCUAAGAUCUUUGGCGGUGUGUACAGUGUGCGGGAGUGCUGCCAGGAACAUAACGGCACAGGGUGGAGGGCUCUGCUGGAAAUGAACACGUGCGGGUCAUGUAAGGACCCCUGUGCUACUUGUAAAAUACCGCCAAAAAUGCAAGACCCGCCAGAUGACACCACCGUCGCUUGCAACAACAUCCCAGAGGCUCCUCUUGGCAUCACGGGACUGGAGACCUGCAGUCCUAUAACCAAGGCGGGAUACCAGGACCUUCCCACUGUGAUUUUCCAGUGUUCCUACACUCUCCGCCGACAGUUUUUCUCGUAUGACGAAUGUAACGCAAAAGGAUACGCCGUACAAGAGAUCGUUGUAACCGCCGCGCCGCCAAUAGUCACAGCCCCAAGUGCCGCCCAAAUAAGCGUCUGCCCAGGUUACGUCAUCGAGGCUGAUAAAACUGGGACUCCCAUAGUCCAAACGUGUGACGUCAUUGCCAAUAACUUCACUGUCGACUACAGCGAUUUAGUAACGUCAGAAGAUGUCACAAACUGCACAAAGACAAUCCGACGUCUGUGGUCGGUUGAAGACGAGUGCGGUGCUGUCGUUGAAGCUAACCAGACGAUCUUCGUGGACGUUCCACCUCUGACAAUCAACGCCCCACCUGUGGCUAAUAUCACCGCGUGCCUAGACGACUCUAUUUAUGUCAACCAAACUGGAACGCCAGUCGUACAAUCGUGUGCUGAAAUUGAAGAUGCUCUUAAAAUUGAAUACCAAGACGCUGUGGUCAAUACACAAACCUGUCAUAAAACUGUACAGCGAACUUGGACAGUGAGUGACCAGUGUGGCUCCAGCGUUACUGCUGAUCAGAAGAUCGUCGUAACUAUCCCUGCACCAAACGUCCAACCACCAGGUGCUGCUGAAGUUGCAGCUUGUCCGGGGGAGGUUAUAGGAACAGCCAAAACUGGUCAGCCAAUUAUUCAGUCUUGCCAGUCCAGCACAGGAACCAUACACAUUGAACACAACGACACUGUGAUAUCAGAGAAUUCAACAAAUUGCCGGAAGACAUUACAGAGGCGCUGGACUGUGUCUGACGGAUGUGGUGCCCUUAUCACCACCGACCAGACCAUCGUGGUGAAUCCGGUGGCACCAGAGCUAGAGGCACCCAAUGAUACAGAAAUCACCGUGUGUCGAGGAGAAUCACUUGAUGGCUAUGACACAGGAAAACCCGAGGUCCUUUCCUGCUCCAAAAAUAUCACAGUUGUCCACAUGGACAAAGUUGUCAAGGAAGAUGACGCAACUUGCAGACGGACGAUCCAAAGGACAUGGCUGGCAUCUGAUGAGUGUGGGUAUGAGGUGGAGGGGGAGCAACUGAUCUUGGUGAACCCAGCUCUGCCGACAAUUACAGCACCUCUGGAUACUGAGAUCACCAUCUGCCGAGAUGAGGACCUGCACAGCAAGGAAACUGGAACCCCAACCUUCCAGUCUUGUAAUGCAAAUGCCACUCUCAGUACUAACUACACAGAUUUUGUCAUAUCACAUAACAACCAAACCUGUCAAAAAACUGUCCGUAGACAAUGGAUGGUGACAGAUGAGUGCGGCUCAAGUGUGACGGAUGAUCAACUAAUAACCGUCAAUCACAAGCCACCAACUGUUCUGGUUCCAGUGGAUGCAGAGAUCACAACUUGUGAUGGUGAUGUCAUUGGCACAGAGGUAACUGGUUCCCCAACUGUGCUGUCUUGUAAUUCAGACACAAGUAAUAUUACGGUGGAUUAUGAGGACACUGUGAUGUCCAAGAACAACCAAACCUGUCAGAGGAAAAUCCAGCGAAGGUGGACAGUCAUAGAUGAAUGUGGGUCCACUGUUGUUGUUGAUCAGAUUAUCUUCGUCAAUGUCCAACCUCCAACAGUUGUUCCACCUGCUGAUAGUGACGUCACAGCUUGUCCCGGUGAAAGUAUAGGCACUUCCAGAACUGGCAGGCCAACAAUUAGGUCUUGCCACCUCGAUGCCAAUAAUGCUACAAUGGAUUAUGUGGAUACCAUCUUAUCAGAGGAGACUGACACUUGCCAGAAAACAAUUCAGAGACGUUGGAGUGUUGUUGAUGACUGCGGCUCCAAUGUAUCAAUGGAUCAGAUUAUAACGGUGCUUCCAGCACCACCUAGUGUUGCUCCCCCUACUGACAUCCAAGUUGCUGCUUGUGAUGAUGAUGUUAUAGACACUGACCGAUCUGGGGUCCCAUCAGUCCAUUCCUGCAAUCCAAAUGCAACCAACACAGUCAACUUUGUUGAUAGUGUAAUAUCAGAAAACAACCAAACCUGUCAGAGGACUAUACAAAGACAAUGGACCACGACUGAUGAGUGCGGAGUCAGUGCAUCUGCCUAUCAGAAUAUCAUCAUCAAACCAGUGCUGCCAUCUAUCAUUGCACCUGCUGACACUGAAAUCGUGAUCUGUCCAGGAGAGGUCAUAGAUGUCAGUAAGACAGGUGAGCCUACUGUAGUACCUUGUAGUAGCAUGGCCGGGGAUCCAGUAACGGACUACACAGACACAGUGGUGUCUGAGAACACGACAGCUUGUCUCAAGACCAUCCAGCGAUGGUGGACAGUGUCCGAUGGGUGCGGUCAGAGUGCCCAUGCUGAUCAAUUGAUCCGUGUCACAGAACUCAAGGCACCGGAGAUAACCAUCAAUGACGUAGUUCAGGCCAGGUGUGAAAACUUGGCUGAACUCCGCCCGAUGUACAACCCCACCAUGACACAGAGCUGCUUCACUGAUUUACUCAUGGUGCAGUCGAUUUUAACUGAAAUAACACCCGAGGAUAUAUUUGAUGGUCCCUGUGAAGAAAUAUCCUUUCAAAGAAAAUGGAAGCUGGACAAUAACCAUUGUUCCAACCAGUCUUCUGUUGUUCGACAAGUUGUGCAAGUGCUGCCAGCAGCAGUUCCAACUACAACCACCAUGUCUACCCUCCCUCCGACAACUUCCACUGUCACAACCACUACUGCUUUCAAUGCUCCAUCAGCCACAUCAACCUUCCAUCCAACAACUAUGACAUCCAAGAAAACCAGUUCUGCCAAACCAUCUACCACAUCAACUGUUCCAACCUCAACCACCCCAACCACUGACCCACACACCACACCAGUAAACCCUGCAGCAUCUCUACCAUGGAGACAACCAGGAAGACCGCCUCAUAUGAGAGACAGCAUGUUUGAAGGUGUAGACCUUAGCCCUGAACUACCACCCGAGUUAAGCCAGGCUAAAGUGACGGCCAUUCCAACCCCUGCCAGACCAGACUCUGGAGUGACUAUGUCUAUAGGAAUGCCUAAGCCAGAGGAGGUGCCUCCUCCUGUACAACCAAUUCAAGGCUUCAGAAUUGGUGGUGUUCUUCUGCCUUCCUCGGCACAAGAGUUGUCUUCAUCACAAAACUACCAGGAUGACCAAGUGCAGCAAGAGGCCUUGACACCCACAGUGCAAAAUACUCCUGGAACUCCCCAAAGCUCUGGAGAGCAAGUGUCUCAAGCUGGUGCCACUUCAAGUAAUUCAGACAGACGGUUCCUGGCCACUCUGUUUGGUUCAGUGCCACAGCUAGGGAGACAAUUACAUAGUAAAACACCUCAGAAUGACACAUCUUCAUCAAGGACUGGAAGCAGUGCCAGUGUUAGUUCUCAAAAUGACUCUAACUCAGAUUCGAGUGCACAUGUUGGGGAAUCAUCCUUAACUGUUGGUUCUCAAUCAGGCCAGAGAGGACUGUCUCAGGUGUUUGGAGGAAGUGGGCGAAUUAGGGGGUUAUUUCAAGGUAGAAGGUAGAGUUAGCCUAUUACAUCAUACAGGGUUUUGAUGUCUGAAAGGAGUGUGAUGUCAUAAUCAAAGGACUGUGACAUCACAUUAUAUUUUUCUACCAAAGUUUUCACUUUUUUAUUUCUGUGAAAGAAAAAAUAUGCAGCAUUUUUCAAACUCCAUUCAUUUUUGAAGAGAAAUCAAUUUUAUUCAUAAAUGUGAAGAAUAAGGACCCAAUAUGCAGUAUUUCAAAAAUGGUAAAAAUCAGUCACUAUAGCCAAGGUAAUAUUUUUGGGAAAUUACUUUUGUGUAGGACUGUUCUGUAUUAAAGCAGUGGCAUGUUUGUAAGUGUAACUUCAAUGAGAGCACAUGUUUGCAGUUUAUUUAGUACAUGUUGAUGUUUAUCUGCCGUGAAAACCACAGUGUUCGUCAUGUUUGAUGUCAUCUUCACAACCCACAGGCCUUUAAUGGAUGUGAAGAGUAUAGAGUAAUGAUAUUAAAAUUGGCACUGAUGUUAUCUGCAAUGAUGAGAGUAUUCAACAUAUAUUGGAUGUUUGAUUUAUAUAAUAAUUACAAAUGACACUCAUUGUACUUUUUAUAUAUAUUUGUGUCUGCCAUUUUGAACAAUUUUCUAUGAAACCAACUCGAUAUUAAUUUAUUGCAAAAUAUUCUAUUUGCUAUAAGAAGGAUAUUUAUUAAAAUGGAUGUGACUUGACUUGUAUAAUGAAUAAAUAAAUACUAGUGACAUUCAUUUUAUUUUUAAUUUUUUGUGCCUAGCAUUUGUUACAUAAUUUAUACAUAAAGAGCUAUAUUUAAAACAAAAACAUUUUUCUAACAUAUUUCAUACAUUGUUCAUAUUACUGACCAAGUAAAAUAAUUUUGACCAAAAACUUAAAAGUAUUUUGUUGUGAAAAAGAAUAUGCAAGCUAAUUAGGAAAAAAAAUGACCAGAAAAAUAUAUAAAAUGUCCUUCACCAAACAGGGUUAGCCAUACUAAUAAUAAAAAACAGUUGAGUUUACGACUUAACACCAUACAAAAAUUAUUAAUUCAAAACUGAGAUUUUUCUAUUCCUGUCUAUUUGAAGAUAACCCUGAGAAAUCCACAAGUGAAAUACUGUCACUCCUGCUGAUACUAAAAAAAUGUUUUGUUAAAACAAAAAAAAUAUAGUAUUGAGCCUUUUCUCUCCACAUAUAAAUACCUCCAUGAGUGACAUACAUUGUGCAUGAAGGUUAAGAGGAUUAUAAGAAUAUGAACCCAUCACUUCAAAAAACUUUAUAAAGUCAGUCAUCAGAAAGGAGGACACAAUGUUGUCAUAUUCAUAGCAUUGAAAGGCCAGAGUAAGAAUCCAAAAUAUCUACAUAUGUAAACUACAUGUAUAAAUUUAUCAUAACCUUAUACGUUUAUAUGGCCAGCAGAUGAUGAAGGAAUACAAACCUUCCCUGGACUGUGAAUAAGACUCUGCAUGUUCAUCACAUUCCAAAUCUAAAUAAGCAAUCAUUGCAUGAAUGAAUAAAAAUAAUUCAAAUGUAUGGAUCGGUCUUCUGGUGCUUUUUUUAACACAAGCACACCAAAUUACUUCUGUACGUUUGUGGAUCAAUAAAUAAUAUAUUUUGUCAACAUUAACAUUAACUAAAGACAACAAUGGUCAGGUCUUACGUCCCUGUGAUUUUUCAGCAAAGACCUGUAGCCCUUCUUGUAGCACUUGUAAUGACAUGCCAUCUUUU